AUGCAAUUCCCCCCUCAUCUCGAGGGCCUGGCCAAGGUCGUCCGCAACAACCUGGAGAACCAGCAAGACUGGAAGCACGUCACGUCGCACGCCGAGCCCUCACAGCCACGACCUCUGCUCUCGGGCCUGCCUACUCGCCGCAUGUACAUUCACCCAGACGAGCAGAUCGACAUCAUCAAGGCCGAGAAGGCCCUGGGCGAGAGCGUGCCGCAGGAGCCCGACUACGAGUGGGUCAUGCCCAUCCAUAUCUCGGAGAAGCCCACGCUGGCCGCCUUCGCCGCCGUCUUUGACUCCCUUGACGCCCUGCCGCCUGCCGCCAGGCUGAUCGAAGCCGAAGGUGACAGCACGCCCGACUGGAAGAAGUGGAGGGGCUCCAAGCGCGGGAAGCGGGUGCUUCUUGCUACGGUCCACGACGACUCUACCGUGGUCUACUACAUGAUGCACGAUGGCAUCGUCAAGCCGAGACAGAAUUAG